AUGGUUGCUUCGAGAUCCUCAUGGGCUCGCGCCAUGCUUCAGAUCUCACCUUACACCUUCUACGCUCUCGGCAUCGUCAUCGCCAUCACCAUCGGUGUGUCCGCCUUGAUGUGUUUUUUUGAUGUUGUGUUCAGGGGGAUUUACAUAACAGGCAGUAGUUUGAUCGGUGCAGCAAUCAAAGCUCCACGAAUCACUUCGAAGAAUCUCAUUAGGUAA